GGAUGGGCUGUACUCCGACGAUGAGGGCCGCAGAACUGGGCCAUGAAUUGUCCAUGGAAAUAUUAGCCAAGGCCAAGGCUGAUAUGAGGAUAGUUGAUAAUGAAGGAAAAGCACCCGUUUUUGCUUAAGUCAUGUUUCUUGUUAGCUACUGUACCUCUUUUAAAGAAGCCUCUGUCUAGAGGGAGGCCAUUACAAAGUCAGUGUGGAACUUGGCUGUCGUUUACUUGACUUCUUCUGCAGAAUUAUAAGAAUACAACGGAUCUGGAGUACACUUUUAAUAUGCAUUAUUUCAAGGCCACGUAUGUCAGAAGUCCUGGGUGUGGAGAGUGCCUCUCUUCAGUGGAACAAAACAAUUUGCCAGAAUGGCAGAGCUACUCGCCAUCUACUUUUUCUUCUCAACGGUUACUCUGCUGAUAGCCUGUUUCAUAGACACUCAGCCAGUCUGCGCAUUUCAUUAUAUACUACUAUCUCCUUUGCCACUCUGCAGUUUCAGAAGGAACAGAGUGACUCCCACCAGUAGCCCUCUGGGACACACAGUCCUACACAUUUCCACAAGGGAUGCCUAAGGUAUAGACUGCAAGAUGCCAAAUACUGGGGUGGACGGGUUCACAUACUGGCCCUCAGAUUCUUUCCUAAACCAGGUCCUAUCAUAUUUGGUUGUGUCUGUUUUCUAACUCUUAUCAGAGGUUGAGUUUUUUUGUUUGUUUCUGUCUUGGUUUCAGAGGGAAAACCAAGGCAGGUAUAUGUCUUUGCUCAACCACCUUCAACUAGCUAAUUGUGGAUUUUAAAAUUAUUCAUUUUUCCUUCCUGACUCAAAUAUGUAGAAAGUAUGAAGUACUCUUUGGGAAUUCUAUUUUUCUACAGGUAUUUUGUUUUACUGCAUUUUACCUACUCAGAGGCAUUAUCGCUGUGCUCUGAUUGCCCUGGAACAUGGCGCUGACAUCAACAAUUCUUCCUAUGAAGGAAAGCCAGUAUUCCUUAGAGCUUGCGAAGAAGCCCAUGAUGUUAAAGAUGUGUGCCUGACAUUUUUGGAAAAAGGAGCCAAUCCAAAUGCUAUCAACUCAGUAUGACUAUUCCUGUCACAGGCCGCACGGCUUUAAUGGAAGCAUCAAGAGAAGGAGUGGUAGAACUAGUUCGAGGGAUAUUGGAAAGAGGAGGUGAAGUGAAUGCAUUUGACAAUGACCGACAUCAUGCUGCACAUUUUGCUGCCAAAGGAGGCUUUUUCAAUAUACUGAAGCUGCUUUUUGCCUAUAAUGGAGACAUGGGGCUGAUUGCAAUGAAUGGGAACACACCACUUCAUUAUGCUGCCAUGGGCGGUUUUACUGAUUGCUGUAAAUACAUAGCUCAGCGAGGAUGUGAGCUGAAAUGGAGGAAUUUAAACCACAAAACACCCAGGGCUUUGGCUAAGGAAGGCGGCUUCAAAGCGGCAAGCAAAGAAAUUCGGCGGGCGGAGAGAAUCGCUGAUAAACUAGCAAGGCCAGGAGCCAAAAAUCCCAAUCCACUUUGGGCCCUUAGACUUCAUGAUUGGUCAGUAGAACGUGAGGCUUUCCUUUGGGAAGCCUUUUCGCUUGUGGAUAGGGGCGAUGGGACAGUCAGCAAGGAGGACUUUGUGAUGACCCUGGAGGAGAGGCAAGAGUUCGUGACCUCAGAACAGCUGGCUGCAGUCGCUCAACUUCAUGAAAAAAUCCUGGGAGCUGGGGUCAACAUUAACGAUUUUUUCAAAGGAACCAAAUACUUAAGCAAGUCUUUUGUCUUGGGAUCCUAUAGGCCUAAGAAAAAGAAAAAAGGGAUGGCCAAAAAAGCAAAGAAAGGCACGUUUGUUUUACCCCUCCCAGUCUGCAUCAUCCCAGACCACGUGUUUCCACACUGGAGCAAUGGUGGGCCACCCUAUUACAUGAUUGACACCUGCAAGAACGUAACUGACUGCAGCCGGUUUAAUAGAGAUCACCCGCCAGAACAUCCCAUUCAGGAUGACUUGGCUUGGUACAUUGAUGACUCAGGGAAGGUAUUUUCAAACAUUAAUUUCAUCACCAAGGCGGGAGACCUGGCUUCUCUGAAAAAGGCAUUUGAGUCAGGAAUGCCUGUGGAUAUACAGGAUAAUUACUACAAAACACCGCUAAUGACGGCAUGUGCAAGUGGAAACAUAGAAGCAGUCAAGUUUCUUCUUGAAAAAGGGGCUAACGUGAACGCAAAAGAUAAUUUUCUGUGGACUCCUCUUCAUUUUGCAUGCCAUGCAGGACAACAAGAUAUUGUUGAGCUUCUUGUUAAAUCUGGAGCCAUGAUAGAUGCAUUGUCAAUCAACAACUCAACUCCUUUAAGUAGAGCCAUUGAGAGCUGUAGACUUGAUACUGUAAAAUAUCUACUUGACAUUGGUGCUAAAUUCCAGCUGGAAAAUAGAAAAGGUCAUAGUGCUAUGGAUAUUGCAGAGGCAUAUGCUGACUACAGAGUAAUUGGUUUGAUUAAAGAAAAGCUAGAUAACUUGCCAAAACCAACAGAAAAUAAAAAACUGAAAGGCAAGCCACCUCUUAAAAUGAAGAGCAAAGGCCCUGAAAUUAAGAAAAAAGAGGAACCCCUUUCAACAACUUAUACUGUACCAACUAUAUCAGAGGAAAAGAAAAUGCAUAAGGAUAAUGUGGGUUAUCUCAACUCGUUGAUUACCAGAGGUUAUACCAAGAAAGUGGAUAUCACAUUUAUUCCACAGAGGCUCUGGAGUCCAGAAGCCACGACAACAGAGCUGAUCAGAAAAAGGGAGCUGCGGCGGGAGCGGUUCUCGUACGAUGUGGACUUUGAUGACUUCAUGAUGCCCUUUCAGAAGAACAUCACAGAGAAAGCUCAAGCCUUGGAAGCAACCUUCAAGACCUAAAUCACAGCAGUUGUUUCUUGGGGUAAACAUUUCAAGGCCCAGACACCAAACUUUGGAGAAAGUAGAUACUUCCAUCAAAGCCAAAGCAGUCCUCAAAUUAAGAAUUUAUAACCAAAUCUUUGCUUUUGCCUUAACAACUAUAAAUAUUUUGAAGCCUCUGGGUUGAUGAUUUUAUUGCUGUUCCUAUUAUGUUAUUAGUGUAGUUAUAAUGCUCCAGUUUUCUCACCCAGGGGCCAUUGUGGAAAAUGGGGAAUGUGUAGAUUUUGAAGCAAAAUAUCUGGAGGUGUGGGCUGUCUGUAAAAUUGCAGUAUUUCCAGAAUCUCUCACCUGGCUUUCAUGCAUCUCCAUAUCAAUAGGUGUUUCCAAGGGGUGGAGAGAAGUAGCCUAUUUAUAUAUCAGUAGGUAAUCUUUUGCCCUGGGAUUUUCCAAGAGUUAUACAAAGUCUGUCAUUCCAAAACUGUUAUUGCUCAACAUUUUAUCUCCAGAAUUUAGAACAAUAUCUAGCAUGUUGCAUGUGUUCAGUAAAUAUUUUCUGAAUGUGUGAAUGAAUGGUGUCCCAUUCAGAUGCCAGGUACCUCUGGCAUCUAUGGAAAGGAAGUAUGAAUAACCUUUUCCUCCUUUCUAGGGUUUCAGAAGCGGAUGGAGUAACAUGCAGGAAAGAAGAAAUGAACAUAGAGCUUAUUUUUUUUUUUAUAAGAAUUCAGUUUUUUCUGAAAAGACUAGGAAAAUGUUCUUUAGUCAGGACACCAGCUAGAUAGACUGAAGGCUGUUGGCAUGGGGAGACUGGAGAUGGGCUAAACAGAUGUGAAAUAUUAUAUUUGAUUGGUUAGGGUUGCAUAUUUGGCUUUCUUUGGUUGGGUCUAAGUUGGAAAGAGAGACAAAAAUUACAAAAGCUGACUUAUUAAUCGAGUCCUGGCCAUGAUAGGCCAAUUGCUAUAGGGGUUAUUGUUUGGUUUCCUGGAUUGUUGUAGUAGCGAUAACAGUCUGACUUCCCAUGAGUCUAACUUAUAGCAAGAUGGCUUUCUGGCUGGUUAUUACAGAUGAAGAGAUUGGUUUCCUGGGAAGGUUGCUGUGGGUUGUGGGUCAGAAUUCUAUUUUUAUAUUUGAUCUGUGCCUUGUCUGUUGUAUAUUCAGUCUCUCUGAAGUAGCGAAAGGCCAGAAAGGGGAGGAAAUCUCCCUUCUCUAUGGCUAUCUCACUCCCGUUGUAGGUGCAGCUUUCAAGAUCAGAAGCUUAAAUGUGAGGAAAGGAGCACAAGUAGGUCCCCCUUGCCAACCAGUCUUGAAAAUUCCCACUGAG